UUACCUCAAGAGAGACUGAUCGCACAGUGUAUUCAGGUCAGACAUUCAGCAGGACUCGUUAGCUCACUCACUCACUCACUCACUCGCUCACUCACUGUCGUUAGCCCAUUCUCCUCCAUGUUUUCAGUCACUCAGCAGGCGGACCUCGCUCCACGCAGUCAGCAGCAGCACUGACUCCGAUCAUUUUCCCUCUCGUGAGUCGUGACGUCAUCAGUCUCCAGUCGAUCUCCACCCACUCGAUCAUCGCUACUCGCCUCGCCUCCAAGCGAACUGAGCUCCCUGGAAAUACAUCCGUUUUGUCACCUUCGUUUAUUGUCACUCCUGACGUUCACAAUCCCUCCAUAAGCUCACAGGCGGAAGCGCGGGAACGCGCCAUAGGCUAACGGGCUGCUGCAAUCACUGUGACUCGCACAAACUCAGUCCACGUGACGCGUGGAGUGAUUUUUCUAGCAGCCACCGAUAUAAGAAACUCGAUUAAAUCCCCAGAGAAACUCUGACACCUUGCGCUUUGGAUCAGUCGCUUAGAAGCAGUCGCCUAGACACAGCCGAAACAAUCGGCAUUUAAGCAUAAGAGAAUACACGGCAAUGAGGACUUCAGUACUGUAUCGAGUCACACAUACUGCGUUUAUAUUUCUAUCGGCGACAAUUUGAUGGAGGAACAUAUAUCCGGCGCGUCUGUUGCCGCAGGUGACGGAGCCAUGGGCGUGGACGUAGGGGAGGAGACGAAGCGGCAGCCACAUCGCUGCGAGUAGUUUAGAGCAUUCUGAAAAGUCACCUGAAAAAGCACCUGAGGGUUCUCCAGUGUCGCCUGAGAUGGGCGUGGAGGUGGGGCAGGAGUCGAAGCGGCAGACGGACGUGGUGUUCGACGGGCACCGAUGGACCAAGUACGGCCAGAAGGUGCUGCUGCACUCCAGCUUCGUCAGGUCCUACUACCGCUGCAGCUUCUGCAGCGUGGCGAAGGGUUCCUGCCCGGCGCGCAAGCUAGUGGACCGGCACCCGUCCAACCCCCACGAGAUCCGCAUCGGGUAUCACGGGCGCCACAACCACCCGGGCAUCAGCCCCACGUCUCCCACCAUCCAGCGCUCCGUCACGCCCCCAAGGGACCUGUCUGAGGCGUCCCACGGCAUGGCUGCUGCUGCUGCCGCUGCUCUCGCUGCUGUGGAGGCGACAUCAGCUGAGGACGGGUACCUGUGGGACGCGCCCAGGCGCCAUAAGCCACUCGUUGGCUCCAUGUACAUCAGAGUGGUCUACAGGUGCUCAUUCCACCCAGAGCCCAACACUCGCUGCCCAGCGGUGCGCGUGGUGGACAUUCACCGCUGCAACGCGUCCUCCCUGCAGCUGACCUACACGCGCCCCCACUGCCACCCCCAGCCAGUCCGCAUCCGCCUCACCCGCCGCUCCACCACCCCCCGCGCCUCCACUCCCCCCUCUACCACGCCCCCUUGUACCACCCCCCGCGCCACCACCCCCCUGAACGCAGGAGUAGAUGGAGAGGUGGGAGCAGGGACGGGUGGGAGUGUUGAGCCGUUGAAUGCUGGCACCGUUGGUGGCGGGGGAUAUGGUGGUGGUGGUGAGGGAUAUGAUGGUGGUGGUGGUGGGGCGUUGGGUGCAGGUGGUGCGUCUGGGGCUAGUGAGGGCUUCGGUGUGGGCCCCCCGCUUAAGAGAGCAAAGAUUUCAACUCCUUUUAAUCCAGCAGCACCUUCAAACCUAGCAGCACCUUCGAAUGUGGCAUUCUGCCCGCUCGCACGCACGGUGUCAGGGCAGGACCAGUCGUGGGGGGCCAUGAUGGGGGCCGGGGGGACCAUGGAAGCGUUUCGAGAGGCUGAGGCUGGUCAGGGUGCAGCACGGAGUGCGCUUGGGUGUGGCUCGUUACAAGCAGAAUCGUUACAGCAGCUGCAACAGUUGCAGCAGCUACAGCGAUUGCAACAGUUGCAAGAAUCGUCCUGGCAGCAGGGCGAGCAGCACGAGCAGCAGCAGCAGCAGGGGCAGAAUGAGGAGGCAGAAGCACGGCAGCAGAUGCAGCAGCUGCUGCAACUACAGCAGCUACUGCAGGGAGAGGAGCUGAACCACCUGAAAGACUUGCAGCAGCAGCAGCAUCAGCAGCAUCAGGAACAGCAGCAUCAGCAUCAUCAUCAUCAGCAGCAGCAGCUAGGGCAGCAGGAGCAAGAGCAGCAGUUACAUCAGCUAUCGGAAUUGCAGCAGCAGUUGCAGCAGUCGAGAGGAGCAAGCGCACCGAGUAGAGCCGACUCCCUGGCACAAGACAUGAAGGGAGGUGCCACCGUGUCAGCAGCUGACGUGGCAUGCAAGCGCAACCAGCAAGGUCUGAUUGGUCAGCAGCAACCGGGCGCUGCUGGGAGUAAAGAUGGUGCUGCCGCUGGUGGUACUAAUGCGGGUAAUAUUGGUGCUGCUGGUGCUGCUGCCACUUGCGCUAGGAGUCAUUCCCUACAGCACCAGCACAAUCUCUCGCCUGCUGAACUCGUUGCUGCAGCAGCUGCUGCGCUCACUGCUGCUGCUGCCCCCGCCGGAGCUGACUCAAACUCCCCAUACAUAUCACCUCACCAACGCACAUCACCGCAUUCCACUCCUCUAGACAGCAUCACCACCGCAACGCACACCUGCCAGGUCCCCAUACCUCCUCGUUUCCCCCCCCCAGGGCUUUCCCUGACUGGCGUUUCUCCUGGUAUCUCACCUGGGAUUUCACCUGGCGUCUCCUCUUUAGGAGGGGCCUCUGGCAGAAGGUUCGGUACAGACCUAUUUCCUGCCGAGCCUCUUUUAGGCUCGGCACCAAAGCUCGCCCGGACCAGUGGCGCCGCCAUGGCGGGAGGGAUGGUGGCAGGUUCGGGCAGAGGCACAGGAGCGGUAAGAAGGGGAGGUGGGGAAGCAGCAGGAGAAGCAGGGGAGACGCAGGAGGAGACGCAGGAGGAGACGCAGGAGGAGAGAGGGGGGUGCGGACUCGACCUGCUGCUGCUGCUGCCAUGGCUUACCUUGCUGGGGGGCGGUCUGUGUCGGCGCCCCUGCCCAUCCCCCGCCAGUCGUCUUUGCCCCACAAUGCUGUGUUCCCCUCGUCUCGAUCCCUUUCCCCACUGAAAGAGCAGCAGCAACAGCAGCAACAACAGGAGCAACAGCAACAGCAGCAGCAGCAACAGCUGCUGCAACAACAACAGCAGCACCAACAGCUGCUGCUGCUGUUGCAGCAGCAGCAGCAGCAGCAGCAGCUGUCUCGCACGCAUUCCCCCACAACCACUCAGGCAGUAGGCCUAGCCCCAACCUCCUCCCCUGCUUCCCCCACUGGUGCUGGCGUGAUGACUGGGUUACACUUGCACAACGCACCAUCCCCCACCCACAGAAUGCCAUCACCGGCACACAGGGUACCAUCCCCCACCACCACCAUAGACCAGCAGCCAUGGCCUGCAUUGCCCUAUUCUGCUCGCUCCCCAGGUGCAUUCCCCUCCUCCUCCCCUGCUGGCAGCACCGGCACUGGCCUAAGCACUGGUACUGGGCUAAGCACCGGCACUGGCCUAAGCACUGGUACUGGGCUAAGUGCAGGUGUGGGUUUAAGUACUGGCACUGGGCUUAGCACGGGGGGGCUGAGCACGGGGGCCUUAAGUGGAGGAUGG